AUGAAGACUCAGCUGUUGGCACUUGCAUGGUUUAUAAUCAAUGUCCGUGCAAAGAUACAAAAAGGUAGUGCAAUAUGGCCUUUUAGUACAGAUAACAACCAUGAAAAUAGUGAAAAUCCAUCAGAUCCAAACAAAGGCAAAGGUCCUAUCCUCGAAAGUAUCAUGCGAGAAGUAAAAACUGAUGUUAGAAAGCUUGAGGAAGAUGUUGAUGAAAUGGAGGACGCCGAAGAAAAAGAAAAUAAAGAACGAGAAGAAAAAAAGCAGAGAGCAGCCAUAAACGCUAAGAGCCAUGCCGAUAAAGCACAAAAAGAACUAGAAGACUUUGAGGAGGAAGAGAAAAAGAAAAAAAGAAUGCUUAGAAAACUAAGAAAGAUUAGAGCUGGAGUGCGUAAGCAUACGGGAGAUAUAAAGAAAAUAGUAGAGUCAACCGAUCAUAAUAAUACUGGAGAGGAUGUGGAUAUUAUCACCGAUAAAGGUAGUGAUGACGGUACUGGGGAUUCUAAUAGCAAUGAGUCAUCAUCCCCAAAGAAGAAGAAGCGAAAACUGUUCAGAUUUAGUAAUCGGAAGAAAAGUAAAAAAAGAAAUAAAAAGAAAAAAGAGAAGAAACCAGUAAGCGCCUUACUAGAUCUUGGUAGAAAGCGUAGGAAAGAUGAUGGCUAG